CCAAAUCUCACCUCAUUAACUACCGCACUGAGGGCCAAGGCGAGAACACGGAGGUGCCGCUACUGAAUUUGCCCGUACAACAGGAUGCAAAUAUGGUCAUGGCUAAAAACACUUUUGCAUCGGCGCCCAUGGCAGGUAUGGGUUUCCAAAAAUCUGUCUCUUCAAUGGAUGGGAUGAACGGAGCUCUUUAUGGAGAAGGUUUCACAGGAGCCCAGAGAGAAGAAACAUGGGGGAAUCAGCCCAGCAGCAGAGGCUACUAUUCGGAGUUUGAGAGCAGAGAAUCAGGAGGAGGGGGAGGAAUGUAUGAUGGCAUGGCUCUGCCAGACCACUUCCUGGGACAGUACUACGGUCAGAAGGUGAGAAGCGAAAACGAAAACCUUGGAGGGAAGGAUGGCCUUUUAGUUUAUGACUACGAGGGUCAGGGCUCCCUAGCUGGAUCAGUGGGCUGCUGCAGCCUCCUGGAGUCCGAGAACGACCUGCAGUUCCUCGAUGACCUCGGCAUGAAGUUCAAGACCCUGGCUGAGGUGUGCGGAGGCAAGAAGAUCCAAACUGAGGUCAAACCAGCCUUCAUUCCUCAGCCCAGUCCCUCCAUCCACACUCACACCUCAGCAUCAAGUGUGAUGACCCAACAGAUGCCUCCUCCAUCCCAGGUGCAGCCGCCCGCCCCUCAGACUGUGGUCAGGGAAAAAUCUGAACAUUCUCAGGUGGUGAAGGACUGCAGGGCCAGAGCAAUGGAAGGGAUGACCACAGUGAAAACAGGGAGGACCACAGUAAAUGAAGGGAUGACCACAGUGAACACGGGGAGGACCACAGUAAAUGAAGGGAUGAUGAAUCAAGGCCAGAUGAUUUUGCUACAGCCGCAGCCGCAGCCAGUCUACUACACCACCGCCACCCCUGUGCUGCAGCAGAUGCAGUACAUGGUCCAGCCACAGGUUCAGAACACUGUGAUGCUGGCGGAGGCACCAACCUCUAACCUGCAGGGCAUGGUACUGCUCAACGGCACCCAGACUGGACAUGCCCAAGGCAUGGUGGUUCAGGGACAGACAAUGAUGUCCAGCGGGCAAGCCGGGGGCCAACGCAUGGUGCUGUUGGAUGGGAACGGUAUCCAUGGAAGUGGUGGCAACCUCAUCCACACUGGCAACCUUUCUGGCUCCCAGACCAUGAUGGUGGUGGAGGGGAACGGGAUCCAUGGAAGUGGUGGCAACCUCAUCCACACUGGCAACCUUUCUGGCUCCCAGACCAUGAUGGUGGUGGAGGGAAAAGUCCCUACAGGGACAAUGAAAGGGCAUCAUGGCAGUCAGACCCUCCUCAUGCAGGGGGGCACUCUGCAGUCAGGGGGGCUUUCAGGAUCUCAGAGGGUCCUGGUGGUCGGAGGGCAAAGCAAGGGAGGGCAUCUGGUCCAGGAGGCAGGAGGUCUGUCUCAAAAGAAUGGCGUCUCUGGCUCUAAAAAGGUCCUUUAUAGCAAGGGCAAAACAUCUGCUGGCUCUCAGAGCAACGUGGUGACUUCCUCUAGCACCACAGAGAGCAAAACCCCCACCUACCGCAAGGUGUUGGUGCAGGAGAAAUUCACUGAGUUAUAAUAUAGGAAUGGAAACUGUAAAAUAGAGUUCAAACUUCUGGCAAGGCAGCCUCAGAUAUUUUAACAAGAGUAUGUCAAUUUCUGUUUAUUUGUGGAGGGUGUGCGUGAGCAGUUUGGCAAGAAAUGAAACUACAUGUAGAUGCAUGUUCGUAUAGCUGCUUCUAUUUCACUAAAGCAUAUCCGCCUGUUUUUUAAAGAAUACAUUCAUUAUCACAGUUUUCUGAAGAAAAAGCACUUUACAACAAGUUUUUUUUUUCUUCAAUGUUUGAAUGGUUUUGGCAAGUAUUUUUGUUAACUUAUUCUGCACUGAUAGGGUAUAGGGUUAGCGUCAGAAGCCAUGUGGCAUGCAGCAUGGACACAAGUACAUUUACUAAUUAGGAGAUAGUCGAUAUUUUUAAUACAUUGAGCUCAAUUGUGUGUAUUACAAAAUUAAUGUUUGUAAGAAACAAAACAUAAAUUGUUUGUUCUGUUCAUUUGUUUCCACUAACUUGCACUUUGGUUUUUCUGUAAUGGGACCUGAUCUAAACAUGUUUCAUCUACAAAUACAAAUGUUUUUAUAUUCAUAUGAUUUUGAUAGUUGCUCUUGAAUAAAUGGUUAAUGGUAAAUGCUGGGUACAAGGUUUUUAAAGGCUCCCUGUCAUGACGUUAUGUGUUAUUUAAUGUCAUUCUAAAAUCUAUAAUUGCAUAUUUUGCUAUGUUUACGAAUGUAACGUUAUACUAUUUUUUUUAAAUGGUAAAAACUAGGGUUGAUUCAGUUGAAUGUGUUGGGAUAAAAAAAUGUCAAUGUAAAUGUCUGUCCCCGAUGGGAAACAUGUAUCUACCACUAACUUCAAUAAACGUUUCUACAAUUCA